AUGAGUCAAAUCCUCCUCGCCGGCCUGGCUGCGAGCAGCAGCCACAUGAUUGGCACCGCGCCUCGGCGGAGCCCGCUGCACGUAUGUGUGAUGAGCGACAGACUGCUUGCAAUCACGGCAUUGGUCAAGUCAGUGCACGCAUCAAAGAGGCUGGCAACCUCACUCGAAUACGUCAUCAUCACGACCAUCCCGGAGGCAUCUGUGCUCGACGCAAUGCCCAGACUGCCAGUGCGUGUUAUUGCCUUUGAUCAUGCGGUGAAGUCGCUGGUUGCUCGAGGCGUUGUCCCGGUGUGGCUUUGGCAGGAGUGGCAAGACUGGCUGGACUGGCUGCCGAGUGCACGCUGGCGGACCAACGCCUCCUUGCGACCCUUCCCGGCCAGUCGCGACCCAAAGCACGCCCACCCCCUCAACCUGCUCCGCCUCUACCUGGCAGAGCUGCCUGCGCUGCAACAGCUCGACAGGCUGCUGCUCCUUGACGACGACGUCCUCGUCCAGCACGACGUCGCAACGCUUUUCGACACGCCGCUCGCGACGGACACGCUUCUUCAGGCCUCCUGCUCCAUGUACCACCUGGCACGCCUCGGAGACCGCAGCUGGCUCAAUCUGACCUCGGCGACAUUGACCUACUCUGCCACGAGCUUUAUCGGCGCCAUUGGGCCGCAGGCCUACCCUGUAUGCCGCAGCGCGGACGCGAGCGGCCCGUGCGCGCCAGCUGCACUGGAACCGCUCCUGCUCUCCCUCGAGUCGGAGACCAACCGCGCAAGGCCCUCGUCGCUGCGAGAGCAGUUGGCGUGGAACUUUGGGGUAGCGUUGUUGCCGCUGGACCGCUGGCGCGCACAGGCGCUGGUACGGCGGGUCCAGCGCUGGCUCGAGGCCAACCUAAUACACCGCCUGUUCCCGCCAGACUCGCUGGCCAGCGGCCUCGGCAUCCCCUACCUGAUCUUUGCGGGCAGCGUCGGCUGCUGGAGAGAGGAGGUCGUGCUCGACGGGCUCGGGUUUGUAAGCUCAGACGAUCUCGAGUCGAGCGGAGUCCAAGACCUGGGCGUCUACAUCGCCCUACACUUUGCGGGACCGGACAAGCCGACCCUAGCAGGAUUGGAGCACGGCCAGACGGUGCAGAUGCUUGCAGCCAACCACCUCGAGCGCACGACCUCACGGCGCAGGCUGGGAGGCUACUUGGGAUACGGCUAUCACGUCUACGGUGGCUAUGAUCUCCUGGGUGGCGACGGCGGUUGUUACAAGGACCCGGGGCUGUGCGCGGAGACCACGCGCUGGGAGUGCAACCGGUGCGUCGUGGACUGCCAGUACCCGGGAAUCUGCUGGCCCGACCCGGCGGUCUGCGGCGCGGGCACCUAUUGGGACUGCUUUGAGAGAAAGUGUCGCGCGGCGGCGCCCUCGCACGGGCCGUUUUUGUUCUGCCCGACAUGCUAA